ACAACAUUAAGCUUUCAUAGCACAGGCUACGAGGAUGGAGCUUGCCCUUCCACCACCUCCUCAGUUUCUAUCACUGCCUGGCGAGCCACCGGUGCCUUGGGUCCACUGGCUUGAAUCAUUUGAGAACUAUAUUACUGCCCUGGGACUGUCAGUGAAGGAUGACGCUCGAAAGCGAGCUCUUCUCAUCCACUGCCUGGGCAUUGAGGGGCAGCAGAUGUUUAGGAUGUUGGGCGGCGGACAGGCAAAAAAAUACAAAGAUGCCACGAAGUUGCUGGAGGCACACUUUGCCGGAGGAGCACAUGCACAGGAACCGCCAGAUGACCUAACUAUUGGAAAGCUAUGGAGAGAAUUUCAAAACAUGAAGUCCCAGAUGACUGUUUUGGAGCAACAGAACGAAGACCUGCUGUCAAAGAAAAAGGUGGCUUUCUCAGCUUCGUUACUGUCAACUGGUGAGGGUAACAUAUAUGCAAAUGGAGAAAACCUUGUCUACAAAAAAGUCUUCACAAACGUCGGGGAAGGCUACAAUCCUAACACAGGUGUCUUCACAGCACCCGUGAGAGGUGUUUACUUCUUUCGCUUCUAUGCCCACUGCCAUGGUGGCAAUAAGAUGGCAGUUUCCCUCUACAAGGAGGGCAAGAAGCAGUGCUCCAUCUUCAAUGAAAUACCGCGGACCAAUGGCAACGCUUCUAACGCGGUGGUGCUUACUUUGGAGAAGGGGGAAGAAGUGUACACUCGUAUGUGGGAAGGGACCUGGGUGUAUGACGACUCAAGCAGCUACACUAGCUUCACUGGCUUCCUUCUGUUUUCCAUGGAGCACAAUACAGAUGCUGAAGGCCAGCGAUAUGCUUGCUGCAGGACACACGCAUGGGCACAUUUCCUGCAUGAACACAGUGAGCAUGUUCGUGAUGAAGCAGUGCUGCUUUUGCUAGGCAGCACCCAUGCGCACUUUGCCAGCUUGAUGCAACCACAAUGCAUCAAACUGGCAAAGUGUGUAUGCACACUGCCUAGCAAAAGCAGCACAUACUGUACGUGCCCAUUCUCAUGCGACUUUUAUGUCAAUUUUUUGGAGGGAGGGAGAACCCCAGGCAGAAGCGUGUGUACGGUGAAAUAUUGACAAAACCUUGAGGGGCGAUCUUCCGAACUUGUUGAGUUGUUGAUAAGUUGAGUCAAGUAAUUGUGGAAAACCCUGUUAAUGAGAACCCUGUUGAGACUUAAUAUUAUAUCUAUUCUUUAUACUAUUUUUAUACACUUUAUAAUAUUUUUUAUUACUAUUCUUUAUACACUUUUAUGGGGCUCAUGCUUUCGAGGAGACGUUCUAUAGGCCUAUUAUUUCAAUUUGUGCCUUGGGUUUGGGGUUGUUGUGUGUUUGUGUAAAAGAACAAAACCUUAAUAAAGAAAUGUUAA